AUGGAAAAAUUCAACUAUCACAAUUCAGAAUCGAAUUGUAAUUCAGAUACAGAAUCCGCUGCAGGAGAAAACGACUUAUUGUAUGAGUUCAUUUUUGGCAAGAAAAAUAAGGCUGAUUAAGAGAACGACUAUUAGGGUCAGGCUGGUUCAUACAUGAUGAGCAAAACUACUCUUAAACACACAAAAAAUACCUUUAAAAACGGUAGAUCGAAUGGAAAACUUAAAAAGACUCUGCAGGGGGUCAAGAGAGAUACUGAAUCCCCAUAUAGAAAGGUCCGAGUGACGACCGAUCUAAGGUCGGACUCAAAACUCAGAAAUGGAGGGGGCAGAAGAGGCAUCAAAGGCGGGGCAAGUACCUCAGUCCUAGGCAUUCUUGAUUGGGAUAUAUCUUCAGCUGCUAAACCUCAUAUCCCCUCAAAUAGCCUAGAAACUUCCUUAUAAAAUGGCUCAAUUACUAAUAUCAUAUAAGGCGGGAAAACCUUAAACAGUAAGUCAAUGGUCACUUGGGUGAAUCCAGAUUUUCUUAUUCUUGAGAAUUUGAAAUUUAUUCUUAUUUUAUUAGUGAGAUAGGAUUUCUUUGGAUCAAGAAAUCGCAAUAGAUUACUUCGAAAAAGGGCCAGAUUUAUCUAGGGCAGGCGAAACCCUGUCCCCAGACCCUAGAAAUCGACUCAGCCCCGCGUGUUUACAUGCCAUCUUGAAAUGUGCGGGAAAGUAUUUAAUGACAGAGCCUCUUUGAAAAAGCAUCUCACAGUACAUGGCGACAAAUUGGUAAAAUAAGAAAAAAGUUCUCAUAAACUGUAUAGUUUUAGUGUCCACAUGAUGGCUGUGGGGGAGAAGCCUUAUCAUUGUGAACUAUGUGGCAAGAAGUUUUCGCUAGACUUCAAUUUGAAGACUCAUCUACGGAUUCAUACUGGUGAAAAGCCUUUCUCUUGCAACUAGAAGGGGUGCCACAAACGGUUCAACUAAAAAUCCAACCUGCAUGCUCACAUGUUGACUCAUCACAUGCAAGAUAUGAAUGGAGAGUCAAUUAUGAUGCAAUCAGGUUCAAACUCAAUACAUGGCCACUCUAAAUAUCUGUCCAAAAGAAUACCAGGGGACAUUGACGAUACUUUCAUCAGUAACGAUAAGUAAAAGCAGUCCAAGCUCGAAAAGAUCGAAAUGGAGUUUAAUCGAAUUAUGGAGAAAAAUAAUGGCCAGAUCUUCAUUGUAAAGCACGAGAAAAACAACUUAAAUCGAGAUGGCGCUAAGUCUGAUCAAUUCAGCCAAGAAGAAUGGUCUUGCAAUGAGUAGGCACUUGAGAAAGCAUACCAUCGCUCUUAUAACAUUAGGUAAAGGCCUGUCUUCAGAAUUAAGUUCAGGCCGAGAAAAGUUUGCCAACUUCAUCAGGAACUCGCCAAUUGCGAGGCGCAAGAGUAGGAUUAGCCUCUGAACAAGAGGCAAGAAAAGGAUUUUGACAAAGCCAUCAAGCAGCUGAACAAGUAUCUUAGGAUCCAUGACGAAGCGUACUCUGAGGAAAAUCUUGAUAGCAACAAGUCUGGUGUCAUCAUCUAAUAGGAUAGCUAGUUUCAUAUUGAGCAGCAGUAAGUGCUUGAUAACUUAAAUAGCCGAAGUCGUGCAUCAGAGAAGGAUCAAGAAAAAAGUCCAGAAGGCAUCAAGAUCCAAGAGAACUUCUCAGCUGCAGACAAUGAGUUAUAGGAUCAAUAAUUGUAUCAAUAGGUUGAAAUUAUACUUCAAAGUGAAACGACCCUGACCGUACAUAAAAUCAAGAAACUCUUCAUGAGGUUCAAAAGUAGCCCAUAUAAGGAAGAAAUCAGGAGGAAAGGAGUUAUGAAGCUUAUCAGAAAUACUUAGAAAAAAAAGAUGCAGAAUCAUAAGACUAGAUAACGCUCAUAUGCUUCUUAAAACGAAAUGGGCUUGUCAAAGUCAGACUAGGUCUAAAAUAAAAUAGAUUUCUUGCAAAAAACCUAGUUUUUCCUUAAUGAUGACAAUAACAAUGUGCAAAAUCUUGAAAGGGCUUAAACAGCUAUGGCAUAAAGUAAGACCUUAUUAAAGAGCCAGUACGAAGAUACCUUAGAUUAAGGCAAGCCAAUCCAAACCUUGAAGUAAGAGGACACAGAUUAUUAGGAGAGCAUAAGAGUUAGCAAUCAGUUUAAAGAGGAAAAUGACCUCACACUGAACUAUUUCAUGACUCAAGCAGCUAUGAAAAAUAGAAGGGAAACUGAGAGAUCCUUAGAUGUAUUGAAGAACCAAUUCAGUAAGAAAAGAGAUAUGAUUCAGAUGAAAAACUUAUCAGCGCUUAGAACAUCAGCUUAAUCUGGAUAUUAGCAGAUCAAUUUAGAUGGGGCUAGUUCAUUGAUUAAUAAGACAUUGCCGGAAAGUAAAUUCCUGAGUAAUUUUCAAACUUCAAGAGUAAAUAACAGUUUUAUCAACACUCACAACUCUAAAAUGUUUGUAGAUAUUAAAACUUCAUAGAACGGGUCUACUCUAGAUAAAUUUGCCAAGCUAAUUAAACAUAAUUCUAACAAUGAGAGAAAUUCUAAUACCUCACGAUACUAGAGUCAUUAAUAAAAUAUAGCAAAGAAUAGCCCCUUCAAGAACCCUUUCAUCCAUGGUAAAUUCCAUAAUAACAGUAGUUUUGAUUAAAGCAUAAUUACUAACGGUUAGAGAACAAAUGCUUAGAAGCAUGAAAUAGAUUAUUCAAGUACUUAGCAUAGCGCUAUGCAUUGCAGAUAUUAAGAUAAUCUGAAUAAAUCGAUGAACGAAUACUAGUAAAGUCAGACAUUACAAAGGAUUUAAGACCUAGGCGACGAAAUAAAGCAUGUGAAAUUCGCUCUGAAUAAUAUGGAAUUAAAGAACAAGAUUGCUGAUAAAGUCGCAUUGAAUUUCAAUAUGGGCAGGAAUAAAAUAUAAUUUAUGAUUAGGGACAGGAUAAACAGCAAAAAAUAUAAAUAAGCUAAAUAUUAUGAAUCAGGCUAGAAUGUAAAUUAGAUAGAAUAAAUUUUGUAGGGAAUAUUUCCAAAUGAAUUGAUGGAUUUCGACGACUUCAAAAAUUUCUGUGAUAAGACCUAUAUUGAAAUCAAAUAGAGAGAAAAGAAAAAUGCAUUUGAAGUUGCAAGUAUUGACAUAAAAAGUGAAAGGGAAAAAGAGAUUAAGAUAUUGAUUGACUACAUCCUAUCUUUAGAUACUUUUAAAACAAUAUCUCACCAGAUUCUAAGAGAAUGUGCAUAUAGAGUGCGUUCUCUAUCAUUUAAAGCUAAUUAGACAAUAAUCUCUAAGGGCUAGAAACAUUAAGAGAUAUACAUCAUAUUCUCAGGCUGUGUCUUAAAAACAAAAAAGAAUAAAUCCAAAUACUAAAAUGAUGAUAGUGAUGAAUCAGAUGAAGAACUUUAUGAUAGAGACAUCAUAGCCUUUGACUCACUUCAGUCGGAGUCUAGAUCAAUAUCAUAAUAUAACUUCAUCUGCUAGACAGAGGUUUAAUGCUUAGUCUUGCACUUUUUGGACUACAAGUAAAUUAGAUAGAAAUUUUACAAGCAAGAGACACUGCUUUUAAGUUAAUUCUUUAAGCAGUACAGUGCUUGCACCAAUUGGAGUCAAAAUAAGCUAGACAUCUUCUGCACCUAUUUAUAGAUGGAAUUUUGCAAUAAAGACUAGCUAGUUGCUCGAGAAGGCCAACUAAUUGACUCAGUUAUAUUUGUAAAGAGUGGGAGAUUGCGGCUUGAAAAGGAAAUUACUAUUGAUCACACCAAUUAUUGGCCAAUCGGCACUUAAAACUGGGAAGUUAAUACCACUAAAAGUAGAAUGAUGAGGACUAUCUAGAUUGUUACUGAGAAUCAAUAUAUAGGAGCUCGAGAAAUGGAGGAUAGAUUAAGGUACCCAGGCUAUCUCUACGCUGAUGAAAAUAACACGAAUCUACUAAUACUGCCUAAAGAGCAAUUUUAUGUUUUGUUCUCUCCAAAGGAGAUUAAAGAGAUGGUAGAUUAGGCUCCAGUAACAUUUCCAGACGAAAGAGAAGUCAAAGUAAAACUGUUUGCCAAUGAAAAAUUCAAAGCAAUGAGGAACGUAGCGUUGAUGGAUGCCACUAAUACCAAUCAUAUUCCAGAAUGCUAUAGAGAUUUUUAUAUGGAAUCAUAAACUAAAAAGCUUAUCUCCUGGGCACAUCUGUUUGAAAACAAGCAUCAUAAGAAAAAGUCUAUCUCUCCAAGUGCUCGUUAAAGUGUUAUAAAAGAUUAAACCAAGGCGAACAGGGCUUCAAUACUAAAUGACCUUACUCUUAAUAAGUAAUAAAGUCAGACCUAAAGAAGUAGGGAAAAAAUAAAUCAAGAUACAUAUAAGAAUGCAAUGAAAAGCAAAGACGACAUGAUCAAUGAAAUAGCUACACUGGUCAUUGAAAAAAUUGUAAAGCAAAAUUGA